AUGCCAAACAAAGGAAAAAAAGAUAAGGUAUGGUAGUCCAGACGCAUAAAAAAUCGUUUAUUCUUUCGGUGACUUGUGCGCGAAGGCGAAAGUCAAAACAUUUCUAUCAGCAGUGACAGAUCGAUUUUACUCUUUUGCAUUUCUUGGGUGUAAACAGCAGAUUUCGAAAUCUGGAGGAAGUGCCAAACAGGCAAAUAAAGAAAACGGAGAUGUUGUGACUGACGAGGUGAGUCGUAUGAUUAUUUUGCGUAAGAAUAGAGAAAUCCGUCGCGGUUUCAGUCGAUUGAAUCACAAUUUCGAUUGGAUAUUGUUUACUGGGAUGGGUUCCAAUGGAACUUAUUUUUGUGACGCAGAAUUACAAUGAAGGUUAAGCUUACUUGGUUUUUCUUCCCCACCUUAGGCAAAAUCGAAAUCUCAACCCGUUUCACAUCCACCGAGUCAAGCUGUCAAACUAAGGCAAUAUGCAAAUGGCCCGUCAAUAAUGAGGAAAGAGAAACGACAGAGUUCUUCAUCGUUUAACGUUAGUGACAAUCGAGAGAUAGUGAAAUUACCUCCGUUGAAAGGUGAGAUUUCAAGCAACUUCGAUUUUCUCGUUUGAGUAUACCAAAUAAAAUCGACGUUGCUGUGAUAAAACAUGUUAAUGCUCUUCCAAUUUGCCUGUUGUCGGGAAAGUUGGUCGCACACUGCGCUCAUAACCAGUUUAUUACAAUUUCGCUACGGGGAGUUCAGCGAGCAAAGUGUUUUUCUCGCGGCUUUGUUUACCAUUUGAUCAGUGCUGGUUAUGAUUAUGGUUUAUACAGUUAGUUGCCCCUCUUUUUAGCCAUAUCUCAAAUCAGUCAUUGAGCUGAGGAAUACUGUUGCUUUUGGAGAUAAAAUAAUAUAGUAAACACCAUUGGGCUAGCUAGUAAACACUUUAAUAUAUCAGAUUUAUUGACAUUGCUACCCCAUAGUUGGAAAUGAUAUUUCUUUGAUCUUAUAUGCCAAAACUGCGGCAUGGUAGGUUAUUUUGAUUGAGGGUGACGGAAAGAUUAUGUGAAAUUUCUACACCAAACCAAGGCAAGAUAAACAACACUUUUAGUUUUAAUAGCUGAAAAGAUUUUUAUUCUGAGGCCCUCUGUUCUCUUCAUAGUAUGGUUCAAGUAAAUCUUAUUUGAAUCCCUAAUCUUUAACUGGUAAUAAGGUUAUAGGAACUGUUACUAGUUGCUUAUGAUUUCUUCCUCCCUCAACUCUAAAAUUAUUAUGCUAAACGAUAUUUAUUUCAGUCUUUACAAAUACUGGUCUUUGGCUAAUAGUAAUUGUUGAUUAUCCACCAUUUACAGAUAUGGUGCACUUUUAUAAACCACUGAUAUACUGGACAAUUUUGUAAACAGAUUUUACUGUUCCUGCAAAAUUCCUUUUGAUCUGUCCAUCACAUCGAUGCUAUCCCCAUUUAUAAAAAUUUUGUGACAAAAUCAUAAGUUGCAUUAAUUUGGUUAGUUCAAUAAGUUAAUGAUCUAAAUUACAGUGACUGGACACUUCAUCUUCCAACAAUUUUUUACUAAUAUUGCCAAAUGUCAGAGGUUUUCAACAUAUCCUUCAUUAUUGGUAAACCUAGGUAUUUCUUAAUUUAUUGUUCACGUAAUAUAUCAAGCGUGAGAGGCAGCGUUUCAUCACCAGAUGAAACAUGGAGAAGAGAGUUGAGAAAUUUCGAGGUGUUUCAUCUGAUGAUGAAACACUGUGUCAAAUGCUUGGUAUUACUUCUCAAACAAAAUGAUUUCAGGGGGAGAAAUUAAGGAUGCAAAAAUGAGCAGUUCUUCAUCUGAUUUCCAAACACUCAUUAAACAUUAAUUUCCCUUGUAAUAUCUUUAUGAAUUAUUAAUGAGUUUGAGAAGACAAAGAUAAAAAAUAGCCUUUACCUGCUACAUUUUAUGCAUUAAGUAAAUGUUCUGACCAAAACAUUCAUUAAAAUAAUGUCUUUUGUAAAUUUUUGGUUUGGCUUGUGCAUCUGCUAGCCCACUAAAGUGGACAGCAACCUUAAUUUUCGCUGAUUCUUCAUUUGCAUUUAAAUACAGAUUUAAGAAAACAUCAGCAGGUGUGUCAUGUAGUUUACUUUCCAAACAGUAUUCCUUAAUCUUCUGGUUACUUUUUUUCAUAAUAUCUUGAGCACUGACUAGUUAGACUAGUUAUUUCAUGCCUUUCAGUGUAAUGCAGUAUAGCUGUCAAAAUUUUCUCCUUGCUUGUCCAGCUUAUUUCAAAGAUUUGGGAGGAAAUGGUGAUAGACUAUGCAUCAUGUCAAUUAACCCUAUGUGGCUUAAAAAGUCUAGUGUUUUGUUAAUAUGUGAAAUGGACUUGGUGGCCUAGCCAGCAGCAGAUUUAGUAUUAGGUAUAAAAUGUUUUGCGUUACCAGUAAAAUGCUUUACACAACAAAACUUACUGUUUAAUUAAGCCUUACUAAGCUUCUAACUUUUUUACUCCUAAUGUGAAUGUCCUAAUUCACAGCAAAAAAUGGAUUUCUUUUUGUAAAAUCCUAAGAAAUAAAUAUAAUAAUCAGGGCUUCUGAUAGGUCGCAGAAGAAAAAGUCAAGUUUCGUAGGAUUUUUAGGGACAAAUUCGCAGAAAAAUCGGCCGAUUUUGCGGGAAUUUUGCGGGAGUUCUCAGGGCAAACUUCACCAAAAAGCAAUCGGUAAAAAAUGGCUGAUUUUGUGGUAAAUUUUGCUAGGAAUCGAUCGGUUUUACACUGAUCAGACCAGCGUUUUUAACGUUUUUCUAACAGAGGUCAUCAUUAAUUUUGCUCUUUCAAUGACAAUACGCUCCAGACAUGAACCAAUGGCAAAGCCUUUAACAUCAUGGCUAGUGCCCAGUUUUUUGCAACAUAAUCUACACCUGGUAGUUUUGGGACGUUGUUUGCAUGUUUCAGUGACGAAGUUCCAAGAUAAAUUUGCAAGUUUACGGCAAGUAAAUAGCCCUUAUGGCUGAAAUAAGUUUCAAAUAGACAUGUAUUUGACAAGAUUUCUACCGAAUUCCGUAGUAUUUUUCGUGUUUUUGUGAAUUUCGCAGGAUUUCGCGUAUUUACCUGAAUUUUGCGGCUCCCCGACCUCGCGAAAUAUCAGUAGCCCUGAAUAGUACCAUGCAAACAUACUGCCUAAGGAGUUGCAUGUGAUUGGGAACACCAUAGGAGAAGUGCUAGUUAUGGAACUCUACCAAAAUUUGUAUAGAUGCAAGGAAAGGGGAGAUGUAUGGAACCAGAUAGUUGUAAACCUGAGUGGCCUCCAUCAUCCAAAAUUCAAAGUCAAUAAAAGAUCCAUGAGAGACAGACUGACCUAAGCAUGACCUUUUUCUUGCUUGUUUCAGAUGCACCACCAAAUGAAAGAGAGCAGCUUUUCAUCCAGAAAAUUCAACAGUGUUGCAUUUUGUUUGAUUUUGCCAUGGAUCCACUAAGUGAUCUCAAAUUUAAGGAAGUUAAACGAGCUGCACUUAAUGAGAUUGUUGACUUUAUAACACACAACAGAGGUGUCGUCACAGAUCCUAUCUAUCUUGAAGUGGCCCACAUGGUAAGAAACCAUUGUUCUCCUUAGUAACUAGCUGGGUGGAACAGGGUUGUCACUAAGAUUUCAAGUUGUUGGGUAAAUACAACAAGUAGGCGGGGAAUCAAACAGCUAGGGAUUUUGUUUGGUUCUAUUUUUCUUGUAUUUUCCUAUGAAAGUAGCCGGGGAUCACACUAAGAGUAGCCGGGGGAAAUUCCUGGCCCCUGCCUCUUAAUGACAGCCCUGGUGGAAUGAUUCACAGACCUUUUGAUUCAGUUUAAGGUACACUGUAUUUAAACUGAAUAUCAUUGUCUCCUUCAGAGUGAACAUGAUUUAGCUUCAGGGUCUCUCCUAGAUUUUAUUUAAUUUCUAGUUGUGGUGUUACCACAUUUAUGAGCUUACACAACAGGAUGGCUGAAAGAAGAGGACAGCAUUGCAAAAUGUUUGUGUGUGACAAAUGUGAUAGGGCUCUUACUUGUAUGUUUUGUCACGAUCUUCACUUAACAUCACUAUGUUCCUUACUUUAAAAAAAAAGACCUCUUAAAAGGAAGGUGAAUUUUUAUGGAAAAUUCUUUCAUACUUAAGGUUUUGCUGUCUUCUUUCCUUUCCCAUCCUGUCGCAUAAGUUGACUAUUGAAGGGUUGCCAGGAAUGAAGCCCUGAUUAAAUUCUAGAUUCUCUUUCCACUUACCUUGUACUUCCUUGUUAAUCAAAAUGAGAAUUUGGUAUGAGAUGAGGAAUCUUAGAGCCUUAGUGCAUGCACUCUUUCAGAUUUUUAGUGGCAUACAGUUGACUACUACCAGUAAUAAAGCCAAGGUGUUGCUGAAACUCUGGAUUUAUUUUGUUCAACAGUUUGCAGUUAACACUUUCAGGACUCUUCCUCCACCAUCCAAUCCUAAUGGUGCUGAGUUUGAUCCAGAAGAAGAUGAACCAAACUUGGAAGCAGCUUGGCCGCACCUUCAGGUUGGCAAAUUUUUACUGUUGAGAUCUGAUGAACUUUGGUGUGACCUUACCCUUACCCACCUUCAUAGUGGCUGUUGGAAAUCCCGAGUCCCUGACCUUUAUUAAAUUACAGCCCUGUGAGAUGGAUGUAACAAUUAUUCCUCAAGCCUGAAUGGGCUAUUGACUCAGAGGCCAUGAGGGCAAGAGGAAUAAUAAUUGUUUUAGUAAAAUGCAACUAGUUGAUCCAAAAUAUUGAGACAAAACAACUUUGGUUAGCAAAACGUGAUGCAGCCGCCAUUGUUUUGGGUUUCAAAGCCAGGGCUUUUCACUACUAGUGGGCUAUAACAUAUAGCUUAGUAGUAGCUCAACCGAUCAGAAUGCAGCAUUGAUAAUAGACCACUAGUUGGAUUUUACUAAGAUAAAAUAGUGUAUUUCUGUGAUCCCUGUUAAUUUACCCUAGAGGCUGCAUUACUGAUGUUCAAUUGUAUUUAUCAUUUAGAUUGUGUAUGAAUUAUUCUUGAGGUUCUUGGAGUCUCAGGAUUUUCAGCCUGCUGUGGCAAAGAAGUUUGUUGAUCAAAAAUUUGUUAUGCAGGUAAUGGAGUGAGUGGGUUCAAUGUGUAAAUGUCAUCACCAUUAAGACUAGUUCACAAAUUCAGCAGCGCGCAGAAGUAGAAGUUGCAUCUUUGGAAGUAUAAAGAGUUGCAGACACGCAUUUCUAGUUUUGAGCUUUGGGAAGUCACAAAUAGAUAAGUUGUCGUACAUUGUAGGACACAAUGGCCAAAAUUAUUUUGCAUAAAAGCAAGCGACAUAUAUGUAGAGGAAGCACGUAAAGUAUUAGUACCCUACUGUGACAAAAUUCUUAAAAUUUGAUUGCAAAUGGUGCUUUUUCUCACGCUUGCAUUGAAUGUGUAGACCGCAUUGAAUGUGUCUGUACACCACAGUAUCUUAAGGUGUCUCACAGCAACUUUUGCUAUUUUUUCAUCACUUAUGCUUUGAUGGAUUAGUAUCUCCAUUAUCUGUCAGUUGUUACUUUGAUGAUUGUUGCAAUGUCAACCAGGCCUAAUGCCAAGCAAGUCUUAACCAUGGCUUAUGUUUUAAUAUAUUUAUUGGAAAAAAUAGUAUCCCACAAUUAAUAGUUUUAAUCUUGAGACUUCUAAGACAGGGAGUACAGUAGAAGCCUGUUUGAAGAGUUUAUAUAAGGAAUAAGCUGAAUAUACGUCUAAAUAAAGUGUACUCUUAACUUCAGUGUAUUUUUUUCUGCAAAAAAUUAGAACAUAAAUAUUUAAGAACAUAAAUAGCCUAAAUUUGUGCUAAUUACCGUAUAUGUAAGAACCUGUUAAGGCUAACUUGGGAAAAUGCUGGUUCUUACUUGCGGGUUUUCAGUAUAUGCCUCCUUCUAAAUGAGCAUAGAACGACACUUGCUUAGCAUCCCAGAGACUGUAGUACAAUGUACAUUAGAAGGGCUGGGGCUAUACCUGUGACACUCAAAAGUGGUACUUGCUAGUUGGCAGCUGUUUGCUGUUGCAGUUGUUAAAGUUUGUUGAUUGUUACAAAAAUGUAGGUCUCUUUGUUGUUAUACAGCUUCUUGACCUGUUUGAUAGUGAAGAUCCAAGAGAAAGAGAUUUCCUCAAGACGGUAAUUCACAGAAUAUAUGGCAAGUUUCUGGGACUCAGAGCUUAUAUCAGGAAACAAAUAAAUAAUAUAUUUUACAGGUAAAUGUUCUCUUCUCGCCCAUGAACAAAUCUUCCCAGUUGACUGAUGAUAAAAAAUCCAAUUCCAUGCGCAAACAUGAUGUGCACAUACUUGCAAUUUAUCAGCAUUGCACAAGGCAGUUACAUGUAGUUUGGCUGUGAAUGCCUAGUGCUUCCUUUCAAUGUAAGAGGAAAAGUAUUGUUUGAAAAAAAAAUUCUUUUGCAGAUUUAUAUAUGAAACAGAACACCAUAAUGGGAUUGCAGAGCUACUAGAAAUUUUAGGAAGGUAUGUGUAAUGGUUUUUUAAGAUUCCUAUUCAAGGUUACUUAUGGGUUGAAAAUGAUUUCUACAACCACCUUGCACAGUAUAAUAAAUCCAGACAGUGAGUUUAAGUCAUUUUGUGAAUUAUUGUCCCCUUUUUGUGAAAAAUAAUAAUAAUCGCCCUCAGCUGUUAUUCGAGGAAAUGUGGCAUAUAUCAUAACAUGUAAGGUUAAAAGACUACUAAAUUUAAAGAAAUUUUGCAUAUUGUAACAACAUUAAAACAUAUAAUUAAUAUAUAUAUUGUUUUCUUUCAGCAUAAUCAAUGGCUUUGCACUGCCUCUCAAAGAGGAACAUAAACACUUUCUCAUGAAAGUUCUGAUGCCACUACACAAAGUUAAGGCACUCAGCAUGUACCAUCCUCAGGUAUGACUCAACCUAACAAUUUUGAUAUUUUGAAAUAAAUACUUGGCUCUGAGGCUCAGGGGAAAAACAUAGAAGACAUUGCAGAGAAAUUCUCAUUCAUUUCUCUUGCCGUUUUUCCUCCUUAAGCCUCAGAGCCAAGUAUUGGCCUUAAAAUGUUAACCAGCUGAUGGUCCAUGGUUCUCUCAUACUUUUUUCUCUCACACAGUAUACUAAGUUUUCUCUGAGGAAAACUUGGUUUAUGAAUAAAUUUUCCACAAACCUUCUCUUGCUGGCACUUUGAUGAACAAAAUUAAUGUUUCUUCAUAACAUAUCUUGCAUUUAUUAGAAUUUUUCAUCCACAGCAAAUUUUUGGUAGUUAUGUCUUUUACUAUGUGCUUCUUAGAUGUGAAAUGUUACUAGCAAACAAUUAUGCCUCAUAUAUGUUGCUUUUCAAUAAUUGAGAAUGCAGUUGUUUGGUAGUAUUGAUUUCUCAAUUUAUCUUUGCUGUUACUUUUUUUACACCCUCUUUUGACUCUCUUUCUUGGCAAACACUUGAUGAUAGACAGCGCUAUGCAAAGUCAGUUUUAAUGCACAAAAUAUUGAAUAACCACACUGCCCCUGGACCAAGGAACUCUUUUGUGAGAAGGAAUGUCAAUCAGACUAAUUACCAUCUGCAUCUAUGUAACACAGCUACUGAUCUGACACUUUCUAAACUGAAAAGGGAGUUUCUAGUUUCUUCUAGUUUUAAAUUUAGUGGUACUAUGCUUUGGAACCAGAUCUCAAAAGAAGCAAAACUCACCGAGUCAAUCUCUUUAUUUAAGAAGCUUAUUAGAUCAUGGUUGGGUCUUGCCAACCUGUGUAUCCUAAUAGUAGCUAACUAUUUAUGACUUCCUGUGUAGCAACAGACGUAGAAUUAUAAGAAAGUUUGGUAUUAGUUUAGCAAUUUAAUACACAAUUUUUUUGUGUCAACACGCCCUCCGUGGAAACCAGCCAAGUUUCUUGGGGCUAGCUUGUUUCUCUUGUAAUUUGAACUGUUAAAUAAACCAUUACCUACCUACCUACACUUGGAUUUUGUACAUUGUAAUGACACCUUUGAUCUUUUCGUGUAAGUCACUCUAUAUUAAAUUAUAUAAUUUAUUAUUGUUGCCAUUGAAAACCAUGCAUGAAGGUAUAUUGGCAAGUUAUAAUAUUGUAGUCAUUUUUUCAUUUAAAUCAAUUUGCUCUCUCUCUCUCUUCAGCUGGCUUAUUGCAUUGUACAAUUCUUGGAAAAAGACCCCACUCUUACAGAACCGGUAAGACAAAUACUACUGCUUAGUUCCUUUCAUUUUUGAAAUUUAAACAUCAACUUUGUUAUAUGAACCUACUGUCAGUUGCAUCUAAGCGUGUACACGUGAGGAAAAAGCAGGUUAUAAUUUUGUGCAAACAUGACAUGUUUUGCCGCCAAACAUUCGAAAUUUGGAGUAGGUGGCUGUUGUUGACUUGAUUUGUUUUUGCUUAACAAAAUAUUCUUUGCAACAGUUUUUAGACUUUAAGAAUAAUUUGUGGAGGCAACUGUGCUGUUUCUGGAUAAGAAAUAUGUCUGAAAGUUGAGAAAAAUGAGACAUGAGCGGAACAGGCUGAUCAAAAACAUAAUCCUUUGGCAUGACAGUUUGCUUUAACCGCUGUCAAACUUCAGAUGUUCGAUGCCAAAACACGUUAUGUCUGGCACCCUAUUAAAACAUGUCUAUUUGUCUCGUGUCCAUGCUUAGAUGCAACCGACAGUAGUUUAGUGGCAUUAGCUACCAAGGGUCUUCUGUAGCUCAAUGGUGGAGCAUCCGGACUAGUAGCUACAGUGUAGCCUGGGAGCAAGCUCUCCGGGUCGCUCUGGCAGCGGGGCGGGAAAAGGAAGGAGAGCUUGCAACUACAUCUCUGGAAUUUGAAUAACUGCAUUGAGAAAGUUAAUGCGAAACGCUGGUUGGUGGAGAUGACAUUAGUAAUGAUGUCAUGUGUUAUUCAAUGUUUGUUCACAUUCGCGCUCAUUUCUACUUUGCGCUGAUUGGCGGAAAUCUGACAGUUCAGUUGACGAGGAGUCACAGGGGAAUUGUAGGUGGAUUUCAAAUCCCAGAGACGUAGUUGCAAUCUCUCUUUCCUUUUCCUGCCCUGCUGCCAGAGUGCCCUGGAGAGCUUGCUCACAGGCUAACUAGAAACCAGAAGGUCAUAGGUUCGAACCCUGUUGAGAGAACUCAGAUUUUUUUCUUCUGAGAUGCCAGCGUAACUGACUGAAAAAACGGGGUUUGUACAGAGCAUUGAAUUCCUUAAAAGGUCUUGAAAUUUGCCCAGCAAUUCUCCAGACCUGAAAAAGUCUGGAAAAUGGAGAUUAAAUCUGGAAAAAUGGCAAAAAGGCUUGAUUUUUUUCAAAGCUACAUGUACAACAAGUGCGCUUCAUAUGUGAUUUUUUUUUUCGUUUUAGUCAAAUCUUAUUCAAUCUGCACCCGUGUUCCCUCUUUUUUUUUUCAUUCUGACCUAUUUGAUAACCUUGAGUAUGGAAAAAGAAAUAGUUGUUUUGGAAAAAAGUCUGAAAAAAGUCUUGAAUUUUGGGUUCAAAAACUUGUACGAAUGGUGUAAAAAACAACUUUCUCAUAACAUUAUAUUAUUUUGCUGCUUUUAUUUGUCAAGGUGAUCGUGUCACUUAUGAAAUUCUGGCCAAAAGUUCACAGCCCAAAGGAGGUGAGCGUUUUUUGUAUUCUGAAUUAGUAUUACUAGGAAGUGGCUGAGCUCAAGUUGGAGAGUUCAGAGUUGAAAAUCUUCAAUGGCAGUAACAAAAUGCAACAUGCCAAUGAAAAAGUAGCCCUCUGUAUCAAGGGGAUAAAGUUACUGAGAAACUCCAUAAACUGAGCACCAGAAAUAUUUGUUGAAUGUUACUGUGCUGCAAGGCAGGAGCCAAUCAGGUGUGGGAAUACUAAACUGGGAGCAGCAGUGGUUGUGGCUUUGUGGCCUGCUCGCAUGCCCUGAUCUUCAAUGUGAAUAGUCGUAACACGAUAAACAUUCCAAAAAUAUUUCAGGUGUUCAUGGUUUUAUUAGUUUGACAGCAAGAGCCGAGAAACAGGUCAUUUCCAGGGCUGUCUCCAGUUGAUUGAGGGGGCAUGUGGAUUCAGGCUCUGAGUAUCUCUUUAAUGUACUGUCUCCUUCUCCCUCUGUUUCCAAUUAAACCCCAGGAAAUGCAGAGGGUGAAUAUUGCACUGAAUCAGAAGUCACUUUUUCUGAAUGAAAAACUUCCAUUCACUGGUGUCUUGCAUUUCACUGAAUAACCUCAAAGCUCAAAGCCUGUGGCCCCUUCCACAUUACAAAGCCUGGAGUCUCUAAUGAAGCUGAAUUAAUUUUCUAGAUCCUGAAGUUCGUUCCCUUACAGGAUAUUUGAAUGUGACUCACAUGCUUAAGAGAUUCUAAAAUUCCAUGUUGAAAGAGUAUUUUUUGGAUUACUUAUUUCCAGGUGAUGUUCCUCAAUGAGCUUGAAGAAAUUCUUGACGUCAUCGAGCCAUCAGAAUUCACCAAAGUCUUGGAGCCACUUUUCCGGCAACUGGCAAAAUGUAUUUCCAGCCCACACUUUCAAGUAGGUUAUUUAAAUAGAUGUAACAGUGCUAACUUUAUAUCUUUAAAGUGAUUAAAAUAUUAACCUGAAGUGAUCCUUUUCAAAAGCAAUAUUUGGAUUGUGGGAAGAAUGUUUUUUGGUGAUGUGUCAUUUUUUCCAUAAGAAAAUUAACUGAGUUAGUUACAUUUGUACCUUUCGUGGGUGAAACUACAAAGAAGUUUUUCAGUGAAUUUUAGCGAGUAGGUAACCUGAGAAAACAGCCGACAUUUGGCGACGCUACCACUGGUUUCCCGGCGAAAUGACAUCUGAGAAACGAGUGCAGAAAUUCUAUACCGAUGACGCGUCGCUACCAAGAUCUGGGUAAAGCAUCUGAUUGGCUACAAAUUGAUUCAGCCAAUCAGAAGCACGACCCAGAUCUGCAUCUUCUGUAAGGAAUUUCUGCGUUCGUUUCUGAGACAUCAAAGGGCUUUAUAUUUGAGGACGAGGACGGCUACUACGAGUACGAGAUUUAACUUAAAGUGUUUUCGCAUAUUCUCGAAAAAUGGUCAAUCCUUCAUUGUACUGUUUUUCACCUGAAAAGUAAGUGCGAUUAUUUUUAUUGGAGAGAGUUUCGCCCUUUCCCGGUCACAAAAUGUUUGAACUUGUUCCUGCCACUACGACAUUCACUCUAAAACUCGUAGUAGAAUGACGACGGCUACCACGUUUUCCCGCCAAAAUGACGCUGGUUCACGCGCGAGCACUACUCAGUGUUAAGGAAAUCUCGUCCUCGAAGUCGUCCUUGUCUCAGAAUCGAAAGCUCUCUAUCAUUUCGCAGGGAAACCAGUGGUGGAAAACGCGAAAUGUCGGUUGUUUUCUCAGGCUAGCAAAUAGGUGUUAUUAUUAAUUAUUUUUUUCAAGGCCCAUUAAGGAAUUGGUAACAAACGCUUGUAAUAUGCUCUAACAAAUUUUGGUUUAUUGACAGGUUGCUGAACGUGCCUUGUACUACUGGAAUAAUGAGUACGUGAUGAGUUUAAUGAGUGACAAUGCUGGAGUCAUUGUACCUAUAAUGUUCCCGUCUUUAUACAAACAUUCCAAAAACCACUGGAAUAAGUAAGUAAAACUGUGCCUCUCUCUAAUUUUAAUUGUUUUAUCUAUUACUUUACUGACCUGCAUUCACAUUUUGUUAACUUGAACGUGGCAAAUUUUGUCGCCCCAACUCUCGAUAUAAAUGACACAAUAGACCAUUGAAUACAGUUGUGGGCUUAGUAUCCUAGCCUUUGACUGAACAUGAGGCUGAGGUUGCCCUUGCCUUGAUACGCUGAACCUCUUUCCUUUUCUUAUGGAAAUUAUUCUGAAAAGUACUAGUUACAUAAAGAACAACAUGAUUUAUAUAACAAAGCAGGAAGGGUUGUCAUUUUCACCUGUAACUGUAAAGUGGGCUGUUAAAACAUCAUUGUGGUCUCUGUCUUCCUAUUUUUGCACUUUUUGUAUUCAGCAUCGAUUAAAAUUCCUAAUUCUCUACCACUUGGUAGCUAACCUUCGUCCUUUCAGUCUUAAGUUACUGUGAGCAAGUCUGUUCAACUUGUUCAAAUAUUCACUGCACUUUGAUUAGUACCCACAUAGCUGAGGAGAUGUUAAUGAAAGUUAGCCUGCUUAGUUUCCGAUUUAUGGACACUUGUCUUGUUUGUGUGUAGCCUGCGUAGCUAAGGUUUUUUUCUUUUGUGAUUCUUGAAGUAAGAGAAAUACAGCUGCGCGAAAGCUAACCAAAACAGAAAACUAUGGAGGAGGGGGCGAGGGGAUAGUUAACGCAUAAGUUAACACAUUUAUAUUCUUUUAGGACAAUUCAUGGUCUCAUAUAUAACGCACUGAAGCUCUUUAUGGAGAUGAAUCAAAAGCUUUUUGAUGAGUGUUCUCAAAAAUAUAAACAGGAAAGACAAAGGUAUAGUGGACGGUUGGUAAGAUAGUCAGUCAUAACGAGAAUUCGACGGCUAAUUAGGACUUGAAAAAAUAUCCGGGGAAGCAGCCAGGAUAGAUCAUAUUAACAUAUCAAGCAGCGUUCUUUGGCUAAAAAUGUCUUAAAUAGUACGAGCCUUUGGCAGUCCGAUUUGCGGUAUUCAAGAGGCGAAAUGCGGGGUUAAUUGCGGGCGACAAGAGGAGCCCGCAGUCCUAAUCUCCAGGUUUUUAAUACGCAUGCGUCACAUGUAUGUAGCCAGCAUUCAUUUGGACUUCCUCAAAGAACGAAAGGAAUGCACAUAGCUCAAUUUGAUCACGAGCGUUUGUAUCACUCCUAAUGUGAUCGCGCGUAUUUUUGACUAUUUGUCACGUGAAACUUACGCAAAGCACAGCGAUGGAGCGAAAGCGUUUUGACCUUCGAUCGUUGUCGCCCGCAUUUCGUAACCUUUGGUUAUUACUAGUUAACUAAUCAUAGGAACAUGCAGCCAGGUCAGUCUAUUCCUAAAUACAGUCAAAGCCCGCUUUGCGGACACCUCAUGAUUACGGACAGUUUGCUUUGUCCUUUGCUUUUUUUCUUAAUUCAACCCGCUUAAUACUGACAUUCCGUUAAUACGGACACUUUCUAUGCCCCCUCACUGUCGGUGUUAAUGUGUUUUGACUGUAUAGUACGCACAGCAGUGAGAGAUUUUUCGAAAAAUCUUCAAAGAAAGCCAACUUCAUUUUCAAAACGUCCGGUCUGACCACUUCUGACUUUUGUUAAGCGCCCUAUGUUAUGCACAUAACAUUAGAUGCGUAUGAGAUGCGGUCUAACUUCGGUACGUUCCUUAGGGAAAGAGACAAGCUAAAAGAAAGGGAAGAGGCGUGGAUGAAGAUAGAUGAGCUAGCACGUAAAAACCCGAAUGUGAGUAGAACAAUGAGUUGAACUUUCCUAUUAUUUUAGUUCCUUAUAAAAUUCUUCAAGGUUUAAUACCGGUUUUUUUCAUGGGUGUCUCGCGUGCAAGUGAUAUAGCGCGUUCCAUUUAAUCUUUUUAAAACUCUAGAAUAGGUCUUCACAUCAAUUGAAUUCCAAAAAUAAUGGUCCAGUUUUGUUAUUUAAGACUAUAAUCAGGCAGUGAAAUGUUUCCUGUCGUCUGUUGCAAAAUAACCUGUAAGCAAAUAGCCAUCAACACUACGAGAAAGUGCGCCUUAAAUUAGUAACUUCUGAAGUUAGAGUGAUUUUACUUGAACCGUGAAACAGAUACUAACAAAUAGUGAAAAAAUAGCAAGAGGUAAACAAAAGAAGACGAUACAAUUAGUGCCAAGUUAGUGCAUAAUAGUGCGUAGUAUUCUACUACCUAUUUCACGGGUCAAAAUCACUCUAAAGGCGAUACGACUAAAGCGAGCGAAGAUAUUGCGACAUCAAGUUGCUAAAUUUUACAGACAUUUGUAUGGUGGAGGCUUGAACUUGCCACUCGCCUUACAAAUGCUUGUAAAAUUUGGCGACUUUGUGGAGAAAUAUCUUGAUUAGUUUUUAACAAUCCCUUUCAAACUUGGCAACUUCACUGAUUUUAAGGUGUUCUUUUCAGUCGUGUUGACGGAUUUUUGCUGACUGGUGGUCCCAGUCAAAAGUUGAAAAAGUCGUCCGUCGAAGGGUUGGUUUUAACUUGUUUGAAUCAAUUUUCACAGUAUGUUAAGAUUGCCCGAUUGGCCCAGGGAGAAGACAGUAAUAAAUUGCUGGACUCUUCAAUGGACUUUACAUCUGGUGACAUGGAAGGAGUUGAAGAAGGAAACGUGGAUCUUCAAAGAGUACAGAACUCGGUAACUAAAAAUUCUUUGCUAAUACAUUUUAUUCCGCGCCAUGUUUCGCAGAAGUUAAAUUAUUUUUUCCUUUUACCGAUGCGAUUAUUCUUGCUCGCUGUAGUAGUCCAGUAAAUUCGCCUCCCAGCAACAGUCUUGGGCUAUUUGAAAAGCAAUAAGCAUUAUAGGUAGUCCAUGCUGGAGGGAUCAAACUAACGUUAUAAUACCAAACCGGACAAACGACACUUAAAGGAAGAACUGACAAAAAUGUGACCUUCUAAUGGGAGACAUCUUCCAGAUCAGCUCUGAUCGAAUUAGAAUUUGGAAUAAAAGGUGUUCGAGGGGAUGGGAAAACCAGGCCUGGGGAAAAACCCUUUCGGGGCAAAGGCGAGAACUAACAACAAACUCGACGCACAUACGAUGUCGGCGUCGACGCCGAGACUCAGAUCCAGGCCACAUUGGUAGAGGGUGAAAUGCCCUCACCACUUCGCCAUCCCUGCUGCCCGGCUCAUACCUAUUCAGAGCGUUGUAUUUUAGGAGUUUUUUUUCUUUCCAUUGUUCUGUUAAAGUUAAGGAUUUUUGAUGUUCUUUUUAGGAUGUGCCUGGAAAAAGGCCAGCGAACAAAAAGUUUGUACGGCGGAAAUCUGAACUGCCCCAUGACUCCAGGACUGUAAAUGCUCUCAGUGAUUAUCAUAGCCCCGAGCCGUACUUAAGUUCUGCACAAGAAGCUUAGAAAUAUGGUACCAGCAUUUUACAGAUCUUAACGUUUUUAAAUUGGUCAACGCAUAAUCUUACCUUGAUGUGUAAGUGCUGUUUUUGUGGAUUUUACGGGAUUGUUCUUGCUUUUUAAUCCUAGUCGCUAGAUCCAUGCGCAAAGGCAGGGUUCUUUCAGAGUCCAAAAUUCUUGAAAAAAUCUGUAAAUUUGCCCAGCAAUUAUCCAGACCUGGAAAGAGUCUGGAAAAUUGAGUUAAAGUCUUGAAAAAUUGUAAAAAGUGUGAGUUUUUUUUAAGCUGCAGCAAGUGCUUUAUAAGGGAAUUUUUUUUUUCGUUUUGCUUAAAUCUUAUUCAGUCUCGCCCGUACGUUUGCUGCGCAUCAUGAAAAAAGCUUUGUUCCUGUGGGUUUUUUUUAAAGAUCUACUGAUCACCUAUUUGAUAACCUUGAGUCUGGAAAAAAAAUUAUUGUUUUGGAAAAAGUCUGGCAAAAGUCUUGAAUUUUGGAUCCAAAAGUUUGUGCGAACCCUGGACUUAGGUAAGAUCGAGGUAGCUUGCGUGACAGGCGCAAAAAGAGGUGGGGAGAGGGUGGGGAAGAGGGAGAAAAGCGCGAAAGGGGAAGGGAGGUAAGGUCUUUUUCCUUCUCUCCCCAAUUCCCUCCCUUUUUCGCUUCCUCCCCUUCAAGGUUAUAAUAGACUGCACAUCAACUAAAAAUAUUUUAAAGAAACGUCAAGAAAAGACUAUAAAAACAGACGAUGCUGCAUUGUUAUAAUAUCUCAUAAUGGAAAGUAGCAUCAUUCUUGACUUUCCAUCUGAUUUGUAAAAGUCGAUAUUUUCUGUGGUAACUCCAGUUAUUUUUUUAAAGCAUUCGUUACAUGUCGUCUCUACUUUUUUUUAUUUUGAAGAUAAAACCUUAUUCUUUUAUAAGUAUUUGAACUUUUUGUUUGAAUAUGUUCAAGAUUUAUUGGAACAUAUAUCAGGCUCUCAAGAGACUGUUUCACCCGACAUCCAGAUACAUGCUCUAAAAAUCAAAGUUAUUGUUGAAAGAAUUCCCCACACCUCGUUUCUGCAACCUACUUCUCGCUGUCUGGAUAUCGAACUGAAUAAAGCAGUCUUCCACGUGGUCGAAAGCCAAUUGCUCGUAUACGGUAUGUUUUGAUUUUACUUUCCAUGUGACCUUUUUAUGACUCAAUCUUUUGUUUGACAGUUGAGGUAGCUAAGGGGUUGUCCACACUUGGUGCCCGGGAACAAAUGCCUGGGUACUAGCACAAAAUAGUGUUGUGUUCACAACUUGAGAACCGAUAUGUGACUGUGUACAUAGGUUCUCCAUUUCGCCCUGUCAGACGCCGGUUUACCACUUUUGGGUCCGAGUCUUGGUUUCCGGCACCGUGCUCGAAUUCUAGCGAGGAUACUGAAAAAAGUGUGUGUUCACAUUAGUACCCGGCACCGUGCUCAGCCACCUGGUCUUAACGCUCCCUAAAGCGCUGUUUAUACUUGGUGCCCGAGCAUUAGUGCCUGAGUACCAGGACAAAAUGGGGUUGUGUACACACACUGGAUACUCAUAUGUAGCUGUGUACAUAUUCGGCACAUCUCAUCCUGUCAGACUCCAUUUUGAAACGUGAGCGUUGCAAGGAGUGCAAAGUAGUGAAUUGCCCGGGAAUCAACAAAAGCGGUGGGCAUCCUGGAACCCGGCGCCCUCAUGAGUGCCCGACGUUGUAAACCUUGUACGCUGGGCACCGGAACCGGUGUGUUUAUUUUAGCGCCCACUGAGCACCGUUCUCGGCCACCGUGCCCGGGCACCAAGUGUAGAUGCAACCUAAUUUGACUGUUGAUUGUGGAGAGGCGGUAGAGAGCCGCAGAAAGUGAUUUUAAUCGAGGUAGGUUGCUUCGCGGAUAGAAAAGAGAUCUAAAAUUUGAUGUCAGUUGGUUAGGUUUGUUUUCAGUUCCUGUAGAUGUGGCCUCAAAUGGUGCAACAUUGUAUCAGUUUACGCUUGGUAUUUAGCACUGUAAACUUGGUGAAGUUAGUGGAAACGUAAUGUCAAUCGGUGUUCACUUGUUCCGAAUUCAUUAUGUAAGUUCUCAGUACUUCACUUGAAUUGAAGCGUACAUUCAGUUCAUCUGAAAAAGCGGAAGUAUUAUUGUGCAUUUAGCUGUAAUGGGCUGUCAAUAGUCUCUCGCCUCAUGUAAAGGAAUUCGGAUUCCAGAAUCCUGGAAAAUUUUGCUUGUAAAAUCCAGAAUCCCGGCUUUGGAAUGUGAAAUCCAAGUUUCACUGACAAAGAUCUGGAAUCCGGAAUCCUCGGCGUGAUUGAUUUCUGGUGACGGUAAAUAGCAUAUGAUAACUUUUCAGGACUUUUACCUGUUUUGUGGUUGUUAUCCAUGAAAACAGCCGGUUAAAGUAAUUUACAAGGCUCUAAAUGUGCUGCAAAGUUAAUAUAAGACCCCUGAAAUAAAUAAAUAAAAAUGGUAAGGGUGGAAAAUCCUGGGGGCAACAAAAUUCCUAGUUUAAUGGCGGAGCCAUUUCUUAAAACCUCAACUCAGGAAAGUGUCACAGUUGUCAAUCUAUAGCCUGCGUAGCUGGCAGGAUUCUUGUGCCCGGGUAAAUCCCAAAUGGACUUCCCGCGGCUCGGCCGCCCAAACAGCACUCCCACGCUAAUCCCGCCAGCUACGCAGGCUAGUCAAUGAACAGAAUAUCGCUGUAGGAAAAAGUGGUCUUUUUUGAACGCAACGGCUGAAAUUUGCAAGGAGUUUUCUUGCAUGAGAGAGGAAAUAACUGUGACGCGUUUUAUAACGAAUGUAAAUUGUCUCUGUUUCCUCUUAAACCGUUUAAAUGUAUUUUAUCCGUAGAGCGAUUUCUGAAACCUGACUGUUCUAUUAUAGCGUUGCGGCGGAAAAGCUUUUAGUAUACAAUUUUGAAGGGAGGGUGGAAUUUCCGUUCCCGUACAGCAAAAAAAUGCACUCAAUUCUUUUAUCUGUAUAUUUAUUCAAUAAUAAACCUCUCCCAAGUCUUAUCACCU